CUACUUCAUGAAUGAUCAACUCAGAUUUUCUUCACGGGUAUUCCUCAGAUUCUACCUUCAACUUUCUACAUCCAGAGCAUUCAUUCCUCCACAGUGUUUUGUUUUUCUCUCUGGAGGAAUUACAUCAGGUCCCUGACACGUCCAAGCUUGUGCUGGCACAUAUGAAAGAUGGAGUUUCUGGAAAUUGUGACCGAGGAAGUUAUGGACACAGAGGGAUCAGCGGUCAUAGCAACCUUUUUAAACAGCAGCUUGUAUGGCACAACCAACUUCACCAACAUCACUUUUUUCCCCUACUAUCAACACUCUAUUUAUGUAGCUGCCAGCUACAUCCUGGCAUAUUCCUUCAUCUUUCUGCUGUGCAUGGUGGGUAACAUCCUGGUGUGUCUGAUCGUAGUGGAAAACCGAUGCAUGCGCACUGUGACCAACCUCUUCAUCCUUAACCUGGCAGUCAGCGACCUACUUGUGGGGAUCUUCUGCAUCCCUACAACUUUGGUGGACAACUUUAUCACAGCCGCUCAGACCUCCACAUACCAGCGGUGCACU